AGAGCGUGCGGUUUACGGGUUCCCGUGGGUUCAGCUCCUUAAAACUAAUCGUCUCGUUUCUUUAUCUGCAUGAAGUCCGCACGGUGACGAAUUAUCUUGAUUCGCAGAAGUGGAUUUAAUGCAGGUUUUGUUUUGAGUACAAGAUGAAGAUGCGGGACAACCUGGGAAUAUUAUUUUUUCAGUUUUUCUGUACCGUAUGCUUUGUAAAUGCUGUUGACAGGAACAAUAUUUUCCCCUUUGGGACAGUCAGCGGAGAUUUAACUCUUCCAGAGGGUGACGACGAAGUUUCUGAAGCGCUCAAACUGAAGAGACCCAUGUAUUUCUACGAGACGCAAUUUAGCGAGUUAUACGUGGCUACUAAUGGAAUCAUUUCCUGCCAGGAUUUGCCCAGGGAGAAGCAGUAUGUGGAUCAUGCUUUCCCAAUGGACUUUCCCAUCAUUGCCCCCUUCCUAGCUGAUAUUGAUACUAGCAAUAAGAGAGGGACAGUCUACUACCGGCUUGACGAGUCACCAGGUGUGCUGAAGCGUGUUUCCCAGGAGGUGAACCGUGGCUUUCCAGGUGUCCACUUCACAGCCACACAUGCUGUUAUUGCUACCUGGGUAGAUGUUGCUGCGUAUGAAGAAGUGAAACACAGUUCUGGGCCUUCAGAUAGGGUGAACACAUUCCAAGUAGUGCUGGCAUAUGAUGAAGUGGACACUUUUGUGUUAUUUCUAUACCCUGAUGAUGGGCUGCAUUUCUUUGGGACAAGGCCAAAGGAGACCUACAAUGCUCAGUUGGAGCUCCCAGCUCGGGUGGGAUUCAGCAGGGGAGAAGUGCCUUUAGUAAAUUUUUCCCCCAUGGAGGAGCUCUACUAUAGUGUUACCUGCACUGAAAAAGCUGUUAAAAAUCUCUACCAGACGGGCAAUGCUGGAGUGCCAGGGGUGUGGCUCUUCCAUGUUGGAAACUACUUUUCUUUCAACAACGUGGUCCCUGCAACAGUGACUCAGGUGGCUCCUACAGUUAUGCCAUUGGGUCAGAACAGACGAGAUGCCACCAUCCCCGACUACACCGAAUACAUAGAUCACUUUCAUGAUCAAGCAAGUGAAUACAAUUCCAAAGUCCUGUCAGGCUCUGAGUUCCUUCCUCUAGCUAUGUCUGAACUCUUGGAGUCAGAUCACACUGCCAUAUUGCCUCAUCCUUUGGUCACCAAGAAUAAGGAUCGUGAAUUCCUGGCUGGUCAACCACGCAUGCAGACUUAUAAUGGGGAUAGUCCAUUGACCUUCAGGCACAGUCCUUUGGAUCCCUUGCCCCCCACCCCUCUUGCCUCAGGUCCUGGGGGCUACCUCACGCCAAAACUCAGGCAGCGCUUGUCUAAAGGUCACAGUCAGGCCAUAAUUUCAAAAACCUACGUCAUGGAUCCUGGCAUGGAAAACACUGCUAACUUAGAGAGAAUGGAUGAGGAUGUAGACUUUGACACCAGGGUAUUACAGCAUAAUUCUGACGACAUGAAGAUGUGUGCCCAGUUUCAGCAGGCCUGUUCCCCAAAUGGCUACUGUGCUGAUUACUCCUCCGGUUCCUGUUGUCAUUGUCACCCUGGCUUCUAUGGCAAUGGAUGGCAAUGUCUGUUAGAGGGUGCCCCCCAGCGUGUGAAUGGAAGGGUGAGUGGGCUUGGUUAUGUGGGGGCCACCCCAGUGGAAAUGGAUAAUGUGGACCUGCAUAGCUAUGUUGUGUUAAGCGAUGGACGAGCCUACACUGCCAUAAGUCGGCUCCCUGAGCCUCUUGGCUGGGCACUGAUGCCCUUGGCUCCUGUGGGGGGUCUGUUUGGCUGGCUGUUUGCCUUGGAGCUUCCAGAUCACAAAAAUGGCUUCCGCAUCACUGGUGCAGAAUUCACUUAUCAUGCAGAGGUUAUCUUCUACCCUGGGAACCAACGCCUCACUAUUAUCCAAACAGCUCAGGGUUUCAGCCCUGAAAACUACAUCAGAAUGGACACUCGUAUUCAUGGCAAAAUGCCAUUCAUUGUUUCUGGUGCCAAAGUUGAGAUAGAGCCAUACAAGGAAGUAUACCAGUAUUACCCCUCAUUGGUAACAUCUUCUUCAGUCCAUAAGUACAAAGUGGUGUCAGCAGAGAUGGGCUCAGAAAUCUUCUCCUAUCAACUGUAUCAGAACAUAACAUUUCGCGAAUGCCAGCAUGGGCCUCAGACCAAACCCAAGAGCCAGCAGCUGAAUGUGGAACGUGUGUUUGUUACGUACAUUAAAGAGGAACACAUUAUGAGAUAUGCCAUCACCAGCAAGAUUGGACCAGUUACAGAAAAAGCCCCUGAGCCUGUCUUGCUGAACCCAUGCCAUGCUGGAACGCACACCUGUGAUGCCAAAGCACAGUGUCUACCUGGAGAGGGGACGCAUUUCCAAUGUCAGUGCAGCACCGGGUACAGAGGAGAUGGACAGUAUUGUACUGAAAGGCCCAGGACGCAGUGUGAGGAGCACAGAGAGGGCCUGCAGAGAGGAGAGCCAUGGACACGGCAUGCGCUGGGCACCUUCAUCCCCCAGUGUGAUGAGGAAGGCCAGUACAGAGCCCAGCAGUGCCACGGUGCAACAGGGCACUGCUGGUGUGUGGAUGCUAAAGGGCUGGAGCUGCCUGGCACCCGAACACCACCUGGCACACCAUCUGUCAAUUGUGAUCUACCAGUACAGUUGCCAGUGAAGUGUUUCCAUGUCUCAGUGAAACCGUGGCCCACACAGCGUCCAGGGAGCAUUUGUGAACGCUGGAGAGAUAGCUUGAUGGAGCACUAUAGAGGUCACCCAGCCUCAUCCCAUUACACACCCCAGUGCGACAGCACUGGUCAGUUCAACCCUGUUCAAUGUUAUGGAGACAGUAGUUACUGCUGGUGUGUUGACAAGGAUGGGAGAGAGGUGCCUGGGACACGCUUGCACAAUGCUGUGAGACCUGCUUGUAUUCCAACUGAGGCUCCCCCCACCAUGUACCCAGUACCUCCUCCUGACAUGACACCCUCUAUAUCAGCAACUAGUCUGCUUUAUGCCCAGGGCCAGCAAAUCGGAGCACUGCCACUUAAUGGUACCAGGAUGGAAACAGGAAAGGCCUCUAUCCUGCUGGCACUUCACGGCUCUAUUGUGGUUGGGAUUGAUUACAACUGUAGGGACAAAAAGAUUUAUUGGACAGAUCUCGCUGGACGGACAAUCAACAGAGCCAGUCUAGAGCCUGGGGCAGAACCUGAGACUGUCGUCAAUACAGGGCUUACCAUUCCAGAAGGUCUGGCUGUGGAUGCAUUCCGGAGUACAAUGUUUUGGGUUGACAGUGGUUUAGACAAGAUUGAAACGUCUAAUUUGGAUGGCAGUAGAAGAAGAGUCUUGUUUGACACUGAAUUGGUCAACCCACGUGCCAUAAUUGUGGACUCUACCAGUGGAAUCCUCUUUUGGACAGACUGGAAUAGAGAUGCUCCAAAAAUCGAGCAGUCAACUGUUGAGGGCCAGAACAGAAGGAUUUUGGUCCAGGAUGGGAUUGGAUUACCCAAUGCCCUAACCUUCAACCCAGUGUCCAAGCACCUUUGUUGGGCAGAUGCAGGUACCAAACGUCUGGAAUGUAUUGCACCAGAUGGGACAGGAAGAUGGGUGAUACACAGCAAUGUAAAUUACCCCUUCGGCAUGGUAUUCUAUGCCAACCAUUUCUACUACACAGACUGGAGGAGGGAUGGAGUUAUAGCAUUGAGCCAGGACAGUAGCAAGUUCACUGAUGAGUUUCUCCCAGAACAGAGGUCUCACCUAUAUGGCAUUACUGUAGCAUCUCCCUCCUGCAUAUCAGGGAAAGCCUGAUGUUGGAAGCCCAAUGGAGCCAAGCCUACAGUAGAGACCCAAUAAACUCCAGGGAAUCAAGUGGCUCACUAAAGUGCCACCUGAGACCACAGAAGUCAGUUUCCAUGAGUGUGUGGUAAUUUUAUACCUCAUUUUUUUCUACUAUAAAUGUGCAUUUGUGUUAGGAAGACAAAAUCCAUUUUUUUAUAUAUAUAUCUAGGUACAUCAAGCAGUGCAAUUUGGAUCUGAAUCCUGAUAGUUUAAACAUGACCAAUACUGCACUGUUUUUUCAAGCAAAAAAGUAUAUUUAGCAAAAGUGAUUCCAUUGCAAAAGUGCACAAAACAACUUGAUUUAAAGUAAAACCUUUCACAGGCUUUCUGCAAAACUGCAAUAAAGGCAUCACUGUAUUUAACUACA